GCACAACGCAAAGCAUCGACGUACAAGGACGUCAAAGGACCGACGUACAAGGACGUGCUGUUGGGCCCGUCGAAGCGAGAGGUUGCGCUCCAGAAGCAGGUGGACAUCAUGCGGGCGCAGCUUCAGGACCUCAAGAAGCAGCAGCACGCCACCCACGAGGAUGAAGACGACGAGAAGCCAGUUGACCUGGACAAGCUCUUCAGGUGGGCGCAGUCGUGCAGAUCCGAGUGGGGAGACCAGUCCACUGAGUACCAGCAGGCGCAUGAGCGCUACAUGCGGGCCAAGGACGCCAAGCAGAGCACGAAGCCGCACUCGGUCCAGCUCACCAAGGCACGGGCCGCCAGGGAGAAGCUCGAGAAGGAAGAGGCGGCCAUCCAUGGCGAGGUCAAGCGGCAUCAGAAGGCGAUGCAGGAUGCGCAGGAGAAGCUCGCCAAGAAAAGGGAGCAGCUCGAGGUCGCCAAGGCCAAGGAGUCGGAGCUCAAGGUGCAGGACGUCUCCAUCAAGGGCAAAGGCUUCCUCACGGCGAUGCAGAAGCAGUGCGAAUGGGCCGUCGAAGGAAGCGGCAUCAGCAAAGAGGAGUACGAGCACGUGUUCGCAGCACUCGCCAGGGUGCUGGACAACUUUAGGGAGGAGCCCAAGGAAAACAAGGACGGCAUGGACACUGAAGAGGCUGGAGUGGACAAGCAGGACGCGAGCAGGGACCUCAGCUGUCGCCAGAAGAACAAGAGGCGCUACGCGCAGGUGGGGUGCCUGAGGGUGCCAGCGAAGCACAGCGAAAGAGGUGGCUCGAGGCAUCGCCAGAACAAGUUCGAGAGCAUCACUCUGUGGACGUUUAAUGGCUCGGGGUGGGGUACCCUCAAAGAGAGGAUCGAGAACGCAGAAGGGGGCCUGCUGCAGUGCUACGCAGUGCAAGAGCAUCGCCUCACGGGCGACAAGAUCGCGGUCGUGUCGCAGAGCAUGAAGGCGAAGGUGUGCCAGUUCGGCGGGGUCGAAGCGAACCCGACGAUAGGCCCAGGUGGAGAAGCAGGCACCUCGGCGGGCGUGGCGGUCGUGGUGCCCAGGUGCACCGGCAUGGCGUACAUGCUCGGCAAGGAGAAGUGGGACUUGUCACCGCGGAACAACCCAGGGAGGGCUGCAGCGGCAUGGCUAUCGGUCGGCAAGGGUAUCAUCUACGCGACGGUCUACCUGUGGACGGCAGAGGGGAUGUCGUUCAGGAACACGGAGAUCAUCAACAAGGUGAUAUGCCAGUUGGAAGCGCUCGGCGCGCCGUGGAUAAUCGGGGGCGGUUUCCAAGUGGCGCCUGAGAAGAUGACGGAGGUGGAGAACGUCAAGAUGGCCAAGGCGCGGGUAGUCGCGUCAGGGGCCAGCUGUGGUACGUGCAGACAUGCGUACGGCGUGAGCGAGAUCGACUACUUCAUCGUGGCGGACAGCCUCGUCAACCAGGUGAUGUAUGUCAGAGUGCAGGAGGAGUGGCCGUCGGCGCCCCACAAGCCAGUGGGGUUAACACUCAGGCUGAAGGCGCAGGAGCGAAUGGUCAGGGCAUUGGAGAAGCCAAAGAAGCUGCCAGAGCUGGGCAUCGGAUGCACCCCAGCGCCGCCGCAGUAUCGAGAGAUCGCGUGCUUCAGGGCGCAGGAGGUGGCCAACCAGGAAUGGGGGCAGUACAUGCAGACGUUGGAGCAGGAGGCCUUCGCAGCACGAGGGCUCGAAUGGGCACCCGACCACCCUGCAGCAGGGCGAGCCGAGGGGCCGACAUGGAGGAUCAAGCCGCUCAGUUUCGGCGGUGCCAAUGCGCCGCCAGCCGCCAGGGAAGCAGUUUGGUGGAGGUGGCUCGCGAGAACGCUACAGAGCUUGCAAGGGGCAUACGCGAGGCUCAAGGCGGCGAGAAAUGGCGACAUUCAGAGGCGCCGACAGGAGGAGGCAAUCGCGCAGGAGCACCAGUUCAUCAUCGCGCAUCGGAGGACCAAGCACCUCAAUGCAAAGGAGCAGGGGAGGUGGCAGGCCAGGUGCGGACUGCUGGCUGCUGGGCUACCCCGAGGAGCGCAGCAGGAAGCAAAGUUGCAGCAAUGGAUGCAGGAGAGCCAGGGCGAAAUGACGGAGUACGACCAGAAGCUACUCAAGGAGAGGCGAGCACGCUGGGCAGACAGGUUGCAGGAGGCGGCAGCAGGAGCAGCGGGUGGUCUACACAAGUUGAGCAAGGCUGCAUCAGUAUGGAGACCGCGUAGGGCAGGCUCCAUGGACUCGGCGGAUCCCAUCGAGGCAGCUGAGUACACCCUCAAGGAGUGGAAAGUGGUCUGGAGGGUCGGCGAGCAGAUCCAGAAGGUGGAGCGGCCGUGGGAGCGCGAAGAGCGUGACAAGCUCGAGCCCUUCACAGACCAAGACGUCGACAAGCUUAAGGAGGUAGCGCGCACCUUCAGGAAAAAGACGGGGGUCGGAAUCGACAGGUGGCACCCUUCUAUGCUGCAGGGUGCGUCGGGCGAGGCAUACGUCAAGCUGUUGGACUUCUACAUGGAGGUGGAGCGGACGCUGCGCUGGCCCAUCCACAUGGGCACUGUGCUAUUCUUCACGAUUCCGAAGACCUACACCACGGACAGGGUCAUCGGGCUUCUGCCCACCACCAUCAGAGUGUGGGAGAUUAUGCGAGAGCCGUACAUGGUCGAGUGGGUGUUGCUCAGCCACGAGAUGGGCGAUGUCGAGGAGCAGAGCGAGGAGACGCAGGCGACGGUUACGGCCGUUCUGGACUUGGUAAAGGCUUUUGAGAAGGUCAGCUUGCACGUGUUGUGGGAAGCGGGAAAGCAGCUCAAGUUCAACACAGGGGUGCUGGCGGUGGUGUGCUCAUACUUCGCCAUGACCAGGCGCCUCAUCGUAGGGGACCCAGUGUCCAGUGAGACAGAGACGGUCACCACCAUCAUCGCGGGUAGCAAGUUCCCGGUAUGUUUCCUGAAGAUGGUCAUACAGUCCACGGUGGAUGGCCUGGUGGUCGAAAGACCGAGGGCGCGCUGGAGGAUGUACGUGGGCGACCUGUGCGUACGGCUGCGACAGCAGCGUGGGCACAUAGUCACGGAGUUCGGAGAGACGAUUGACAGCUGCUUCCGAGGAUUCGAGGGGCUAGGCCUGAAGUUCUCCGUGGGCAGCAAGGGCAGAGGUGCAGUGAUGGCGGGCGCCAAGUGGGCGCGAAGGGCCGUGACAGGGCCGAUGCAGGAGCGAGGUUUGCCAGUGGUGAAGGCAUGCCCAUACUUGGGGGUCGACAUCGUCGCGCACGGCACGGCGGUGAAGACCAAGAGCGGCAAAAGGCACGCUGUCAUGAAGGUCAGGAGUCGCAGGCUGCUCGCUCUAAAGGGCGGGCGAAAAAUGACCAAGGGUGUUGGCUUGGUAUACAAGUGUGGCCUGAAGCGCUCGGAGGGUUACGCGUUGAACAUGCAGGAGGUGUGCCCCAUGGACAUCGCGGUGAUGGUGCGCAAGGACGUGCAGGCAACCCUCUGGGAGGAAUGGACGCAGGCGGAGGAGUUCAAGAGCCUGAGCCCAAUAACGUUGUUGGCGCCAGCAGUCGCGCAGCUACGUGCACGUGAUUUCCCGAAGCACGCGAGGAAUGCGGCGAAGAAGGUAUUCGUCGGAGGUGCGUGGGCUAUGGAGAAGCUGUGCAGGCGCAACAUCGUACCCACGGACACUUGCUUGGCCUGUGGAGAGGCGGUGGGCACCGAGCAUCAUCGGCACUACAAGUGCCAUGCGCUCAGGAGCCAGAGGUUGCAUGCGCAGGCUGACUGGCAGCGCGUGGCGGAGCAGCAGGACACCAACAUGCUGUGGACGCGCGGGCUGGUGAGGUCGCCAGAGGCGGACUGGAAGUUCGUGGGAAUCGAGGAGGACCAGUACUACGAACAAGUGGUCGACGGUGAGGAGGACUACUUCACAGGCGACAUCGUUUGCGACGGCUCGAAGCUCGGAUACAGCGACUGGGCGCAGACGGGCUGGGCAGCGAUGUCCCUCAACGACAACGGCACCGCGAAGAUGCAGAUGUGGGGUCCGCUGCCGUGCUCGCUACCGAUCCACAGGAGGGUUAAGAGAGCCGAGCUGUGGGCCUUCCUCAAGGUGCUGGGGCGAAUGCUGCCGCCGGGACAAGUCUACACGGACCACAAAGGCAUCGUGGAGGGCUUGCAGAGAGGAGAGCGGUGGUGCACGAGCUGGAAGCGCCCACGCGCAGACCUGUGGCGAAGGAUCUGGCAUAAGGUGAAGGACCUGGGCCUGGACAUUCAUUGCGUGAAGCACGUAAAGGCCCACAGGUCCAAGAGCAGGAUCGGGCAGCUCGAGGGUGAGGACCUGGAGAUUGCGAAGGGCAACAGCGAGGUGGACCUGCUGGCAAAGGUGGGCGCGGAGAUGGACGCACACUACGGCAAGCACCAAGCGCUGGAGGACCUUGCAGGGCGAGUACGUUGGGCGCUGCAGAACAUUGGUUGGUGGUACCAAAAGAUGGGCGGUACGUGGCCAGACGCGCCGCCCACAGAGAAAGGUGUGCCGAGACGAAGAGUGCCGAAGCCGAUGCUGACCCUGACCGAGCACGACGUUGUGGAGACGGGAGGUUGGCAGGUGUGCAUACG